GGGUGGUUCGGAGACUAUGCAAUGUGGCCUGAAUUUGAUUUUUUUUACAAUUACUAUUAAAUUGUAAGGAGGUUUUCGCAUAGUGAAAAAUGAUUUAUUCAUCGAGGAACCAAGUUCCAUACGCUGUUUGUGAAACCGUAAAAUUUUCCUCAUUUUUGGCCCGAAUUUGCCCCAUAGCUCCGCCGGUAUCCAAGAUAUCGCCACACUUUCUUCUGGCCAUGGCUAGAUGGCACUUGUGGCUACAUUUCGUCCAUGCACCACUAAUCGCUACCAUGUCUGUGGCCGGAGCUAUUCGCGAAAGCUCCAACGGAUCGCCAAUCUUUGACCUGUGGUCGAUAGAUGGCACCAAUUGUUACAUUUUCUUCUUCGACGGCCAUGCCCUCAGGUGUCUGUGUCUCGAAACAUAAUUAAAAAACACGCAACCGAUUUCGAACCACCCUGCACGAAAAAAAGUCACUCAAAUGAGUGCCCGUGAGUGGGGGGGGGUCGUGUUUCAGACUUUAGCCUAUUUUCUUACCUUCACCCGGUAUAUGUUAACCCCCAUCAGAUCUUCCAACACGAACAGAUUUGUGAAUGUUUUUGUGGUCUUGCCUCGUGCCUUUGCAUUCAUAGUCGCGAUGUUAGACUAGCGUCCGCUAGGUGGCGUGACAGCAGAAAAAAUAAUGCUAAUUCAUGAUGACCGAGGAUUGUGAUAAUAAUUUCAUUUUCACAAUGAAUUCGAAAGUAGUUCGAGACUCUCCGAAACGUUCGACAUAUACAUAACCUCAAACCUUGAAAAAAAGAUGUAUAUCAAUGUCGGAUCGGGUUGUACAUGCUGAAACUGGCGCUAGCACUGUAACACAUUUCAUCCAUGUCAACCGAAUAGCGCGUGCCAUAUCCAACCGGUACACAGUUGGUGUGCACCUGUGUUUAAAGUACAGGGACAUUGGCACAUAAAAUAAUUUGCAAUAUAUGUGGCCAAUGGAAGCAAGCCAAAAAUUUAAGUACGUCGUAGCGACCUUGUCACGCAGAUGUUUGUUCUGUUGAUUCAGCUGGAAAAAAUAUAUUUUACAGAAGCAUGAAAAUGUUUUGGUGUAUACAUUGAUUUGAAAUAAAUUGAAACGAUUUAAAAUUGAAUAAAGAUAAAUGCUUACUAUAUUAAACCAAUAUGAUUUAUAAAAGUACUAUAUGCUAUGUAAUGAAAGUUGCACUCUCGAACAAUAGCAAAUGAUGAAUGAUUGCAUACUUUCUGGCGCACUUUGUAAAGUUGGACAAAUUUAAAUUGGAAGUUAAUUCACUUGAACGGUUCCAUGCUUUUUAAGUUGUUAUAUUUUUCCGAGAUUUCUCUCCACUUCUCUUAAAUUGUAGUAUUGUGUACGAUUCAUUGUGCUACUAAUACCGACACAGCCCUUGUAGUGGGCACUGUAAUGCAUUAUAAUAUUCAAAGAAGCAUAAGCGAGGAGACUCUGUAGCUAAAGAUAUGCACUGAUUUGAAUACGUCGCCCAGAACGCUUGAGAAAAAUUCGAAAAAAAUUUAAAGUUCUACGGACUUUCAUGCUCAAACAUGUUUACACCUAUCGGAAAGAGAAUUCCAUCAUGUUCUCCAGGUUUCUGAUCAUCUCAAUUUCAAACCAUCUGUUUCACUUUGUAUCUCCUUUUCUGUUAGACUACGCAAGUGACAAUGUACGACUGGGUAAAAUGAACGUUUGUACAGUUGGCGCAUAUGGCACCAUAUAUGUGUUUUUAUAUACAUCAUCGUACUUUUGGGUGAAGUAUAAAAGAAGUCUGCAAAUCGCUCCAUUGGCAAGGUACAACUGACAUCAGGAAGGUACAUCAGCUAUCUCAGACUUGGCAAGUUCGUGGUGGUAAGUUCAAUCAAAAUGGUUCAUUCCAUAACUUUGUGGAGUUUGGUACUUGUGGCCGUGGGCAGUCUUAUCGGAGCGGUCGAAAGCAAGGAAGUUGUUUGUUACUACGGUACGUGGGCUACUUAUAGGCCGGGAAAUGGAAAGUUCACUGUGGAUGACAUUGACCCAUUCCUAUGUACCCAGCUAAAUUAUGCCUUCUUCGACAUAAAUGCGGACGGUACGAUAAGGAUAAUGGAUCCUUACCUGGACCUACCGUCCGGACUGAAUACGAUUGGCAAGUUUAACAAUCUGAAGCAGAAAAAUCCUGCCUUGAAGACAGUGGCCGCCGUUGGAGGCUGGAAUGCUGGAACAGCUAAUUUUACGACGGUCGGCCGUAAUCCGCAGCUGCGUUCUAACUUCGCGAGGAAUGCUGUGUCGUUCUUGCAACAAUAUCGGUUCGACGGUAUGGACAUCGAUUGGGAAUAUCCCACGCCCGCAGACAAGGCAAACUUUGUGCUAUUUCUCCAGGAGCUUGCAAACGCUUUCGCGCCGUACAAAUAUCUACUAACGGUGGCGGUGGCGGCCCCAGAAUCGACAGCUAACGAUGCGUACGACAUUCCUGCCAUCUCGAGCAUUGUCAACAAUAUAAACAUAAUGGCGUACGAUAUGCAAGGUAAUUACGGCGUCACAAGACACCAUGCCGCAAUCUUCCAAGGAUCGAGUUCAAUUGAUGAUACGGAUUACAAGCGGCAACUUAAUCUAGAUUCCGUUAUAAGGUAUUGGUUGAGCAAGGGAGCUACGGCGAACAAGUUGACAUUAGGUGUUCCUUUCUAUGGGCGUACGUUCAAAUUGGCCAAUCCUGGGGUGAACGGUGUAGGUGCACCUACUACCGAUGUUGGAGCAGGAGGUGCUUACACACAAGAACGCGGAUUCCUAGGAUAUAACGAAAUAUGUGAAGGCUCAUGGUCUCAGAAGCAAUUUGACUCGGCACAGGGUGCGGCUUACGCUUCCGGCAACGGUGAGUGGGUCAGCUAUGAUACUGUGCAAAGUAUUCAACAAAAGUGCGCCCUGAUUGCCAAGUACGGACUUGGUGGAGGCAUGGUAUGGUCUAUCGAAACGGAUGACUUCAAGGGCAUAUGUGGUCCCAAGUUUACGCUGCUGAGCACCUUAAAUGGAUGUGUGAACAAUAAUGCUCCUACAUCCGCUACUACCACCAGAACAACUACUAAACCCGUCUCAACGAAAUCUACUGCCGGACCGGCCACAACAACGAAGAAUACUCCUACACCAGUUACCAAAACUACUACUAAAGCUGUAACUUCAGGCUCUGGUCCGUUCGUUUGUACACGCGAUGGCUACUUCCGCGAUCCGUACGAUUGCAAUAAGUAUUAUCGAUGCUAUCAGGGUACCAAAUAUUCUUUCAAUUGCCCAUCCGGAUUGUAUUUCAACGAAGAUGCCAUAACCUGCGAUUGGCCUUAUAAUGUAAAAUGUUAAUGUGCUUUGAAUAAAAUCACUCAACAUUGAUUAGAAUGUAUGCGUACUUGUCCACCGCCGGUGUGCCGUCGAUGAUUGACCUUAGCUCGGUCAGUUUUUUAGGCGGCACUUGUGCCAUAACGAUGUUAUACUUUCGCGUAUCAUGCGCUGAGCCAAUCCCUGAAGCGGCGAACCAAAAUUCAAGCGACAUGAAAUAUGUCUCUAUGUUGGUGUCUUCCAUGCUUGGCGGGUUCAAUCGGGGCGCAUGGAUUGCUUCAACAGCAGCCGGUUGAGCCGCAGGGCUCACGGCGGGCGGGGUUGGGAUAGCUUUUUCCUCUAGCAUUUUUUUGGCGUACACGAAAACUCGCACGAAAGACGACGCACUUAUUACGUUAAUCGAAAAAAAGAUAAUGUCGGGGUCACCACUUUAGCGCGUGUUCUUUCGUUUUGAUAAUGUGGACAAGGACUACCGAUCGGACUGAGUUCUGACAUUAGACUAGAUUUUAUUACAAGAAUUACUUAACGAUACAUGUGUAUUAGUGAGUAGGUUAAUAACUAAUUAGUAGGUAUUAGUUCAAUAGUGCAUAAAGAAAUAUUAAAUUAUUAGUAUUAGAAGAAGAAGAAGUAUUAGAUGUGUUAGUGUACGCAUAAGUUAAGUAUGCGCAAUUGUGUGCGGUACAGAGCGGUACACUACAAGUGGUACAGCUGCCACAUAAGUGAUAACAGAAUUCAAAUUAUCGGCAUCAAUGUGCAAAAUGAGUUUGGCGCUGCGAAUAGAAUAUACAAGUCGGUGUCCUUGAGUUUUGUUAAUUUUGUUACAAUUAGAAGGAUUAUUGAAGGUCUAAAAUUUAUUCAAAGUAUCAUUUUAAAUUUUUGU